AUGCGUGCAAAGGUUGGAGGGGAAUCUUGUGGAAGUUUCAUGGUUGGACAUAGAAAACAAAAGUCGCUUUUGGUCGCUGCUGUUCUUAUAGCAGUCUUUCUCAUCGCUUUGUAUUAUAAUUCUCGUCCGAAGCCUUUCAAACCUUUCACCGCCUUGAUCGUAUCCACCACUCACGCACAGUCGAAUACUGCCGGGCAAGAGUCCCUCGACAAGGACAAUCUCAAAUAUCAGGUGUACAAUAAUUCUGUGCAGUUCGAUCACGUAAGUAAACUUAGUUUCGUCAAAUAACUGUUUCGUGAUUGUUGGAAAUUGUGAAAGUACAUCUUGGCGGCUUCUCUUGUUCAUGUUCAGCCCGCCCGCUCGAGUGCCUGUAGUCUUAAUGACAAUUUGAAGGUUUCUUUCUCUUUAUAUGUUCUUCUUAAUUCCGAGUCACAAACUUGUAUUUUAAUCUAAAUUUCUGUAGCUUGACAAUGAUCAAAGUUUGGUCUUCAGUCACUAAACCAGCAAUUAUGUACAUGUAUGUACCUGCAUGCAUGUCGACUCAAAGAAAACCAACAAUCUAUAUCAAGACUUUGAACUCUCUUCUAAAAAAUUCCUUAAGAUGUAUCCUUAGGCGUUGUUUGACUUAAAAACAUGGAAGUAUACUCUGUUACUUACUUUACAUUGUGAGUAAGAAAAGUUUGGGUUGUUGUUAAGAAUAAUUAGUGAGCGGUUGCUCAACCAUCCCUUAAUUUAUCAUUUUUAUGAUUAAUUUAUAAUGUAUAUUAUAGUAACAGGACAAUAAUAUUUGCUGUUUCAGUGCGUAGCAACCUUGAUGGACCCCAAAAAGGAAAAACAGAAACAUUUGCAGAUUUACAGUCCCGAGUAUAGUGUUCUAGAAUUAAUACACCACAUAGCAACAAUCCUUCAGCCUUGGAAGGCGCACAAGUGAUCAGCUGUCUUUCUUCAUAAAACUUUUUACAGACAGCUGUGCCAAUAGAAAAUUAUUAUAGCCCAUCCUGAAUACAGCUUGGUGAAGGACUGAUAAUUAUUAAAUUACUUGGGCUAGUUGCUGAGAGCCACAAAUCAAGUUUACGGCUCUGUUUUUAUUUUUGUGCAACCUGGAAAGGAAAGGACAACUGCUCAAUAUUAUUGUGCCUCUGGAAAGUGUUUGGGAUCCUUCACCUUUUCUUUCACUCUUUAGAAAACAACAUCAAAAAUGUGUUGAAUUUUACCCCUUUAUCUCUGAAAUUCUCACUGUAAAUAUUUACUGUGUGGCAUGAUAUUUGGCUUCCAUAGAAAUGAUGUCUUUGUCUUUAUGCUGUUAGUACGUAGUGAUUUGUGUAAUAAAUUACACUUCCUCCGCAUAAAACAUCACAUUUCUACCUGUCUUUAAUGUAAUGCAAGUGAGCUAGAACAAUAGAUAAGCAUUAAAUUUGUUUGGUCAAAGAAGAAAUCAAACAAAACUUGUUUUUAAAUAGUUUUAAGGAACCCAACAUUUAGAACCACUGUGAUUUUCCGUGGACUAAAUCGACAGUAACCUUUUGAAAUUUUCUUUGGUGCGAUGCUUUAAGGUCCAGUUACUUUGGUGAUUAUCCACAAGAUUUUUAUUUCUCUGAUCUGGAGACUGGGAGAUGUGGUCAAAAAUCUGGAGUCUCCAGAUUGUCUGGAGAUUCUGGAUUAUCCGGGAGAGUUGACAGCAAUGCCAUGUAGCUGAUGAGGCGAUAUUCCUAUAUUUAAAUACCAAAAAAUGUUGAAUGUUUUUAAAAAACAGACAUUUGGGGUGUAUGACCCUUCUUGAACGUGAGGAAAACCGUUUACAAAAUGACUAGUUUUCUUCACACUGAAGAAGGGUCAUACACGUGAAAUGUAUGUUUUUAAAAACAUUUGUCACUUUUUGAUGUAUAUUUUUAUGGAAUCGCUUUGCCUAAUAAUAGGUACACCGUACUGAUGUACAUGUACAUGCAAGUAGAAAAUUUAGUUGUUGAUAUCUUGCUGUUAUAUUUCAAUUUCUUUAAACAGUUGUGGUUCAACAAUAACUGCCUGGAAACAUCAACACUGAAUACAGGGAUAGAAAAUAUUAAUUCAGUUGUAGAUACAUGGAAAAACUCUCUUGGUACAAAUUGUAGGUAGGUAACUAUGUAACUUGGAGUUUGAUUUAUUAUUGAUCAUGACAUUUCUACUGUGUACUGCAGGUCUUUAUCAGCACACUGCAGGCAUUUAGUCAGUAAGGGUAAGCGGCUUUUCACAUGAUCCAGGAAUAACUUUCCUUCUGGAAUGAGUUUAGUUCCAGAGUGAGGUUCUUGCUGUUCUCACAUUAUAAAAUCAAAUGGCUCAGCCUAAGGCUUUCUCGCUCAUGUGGUUUUUGCACCAGAUCAGAUACGCAUGCACCACUCGCUCCAGACUACAUGGUUUGGAAUUUUCAAUCUGGAACAAAGUUCAUUUUUUGUUUACAUGAUACAUGCCAGAAUGAAAUUUCAUACUAGAAUAAGAAUUUUUAUAACAUAAAUGUUGCUAAUUAAAAGUAGCACAAAAUGACAUACAUGUACAUUUAUGGCUUAGUUUCCGUUUGAUGGUGGCCGCUUAAUACAGGUAACAAAAAUUAAUACAGGGUUUGUAUGAGUGAAAAAUUGGGACUUUGAAAACUGGUCGCUUAAUAUAGGGUGGCUGCUUAAUACAGAGCCGUUAUAUACAGGUUUAACUGUAAUAUUAAAAUUCACUCCAUGUAAGAGAAUCUGACAGUCCGUAUUCUGGAUUCCUCCUUGUGGAUUUUGGAUUCUAGACAUACUGGAUUCCAGACUUAGACUUAGAUCCCAGAUUCAAAUCGUUAAUGGGAUUCCAGAUUCCUUGAGCUGUAUUCCAGAUUCCAAAGCCUAGGAUUCUGAAUUCCACGAGCAAAAUGUUCCUAGAUUCUAGAUUCCGCAAUCAAAAAUUUCUUGGAUUCUGGAAUCCUUAUUCCCUUUCAUGGGGUGAUAACUUAAUACCGCUUUUCCUUUUUCAACGAGACGACUACCUAAAGCUUUUACGGUUGAACCAAAAUUGAAUCCAUUUGAUUAGACUGAACUAAAAUUUUCAGACAUUUUGAGUGAAUAGAGUGCACUCUUUGCCACCUUAAAUAUUCCUAUAAAAGUUUUUUAUGUUGGUUUGAUCUCUCUUUCAGGGAUUUAUAUAUGAAAUUUAGUGAUAUUUAUAUUGUAAGAAGUCGAAGUGCUCCAGUUGUAAUACCUGAAACAUUUGCCCCCAAGGUAGGAUUUAGCUCACCUGUUUUAGUUCCAUGAAUUUUUAUUUUUAAAACAACACAAAAAUUUAAAUUUUCCCCAGGUUAUGCAGAACUUCAAAUGUUAAAGAAUCUCUGAUUUCAUUUUUGAAAGAAACUGGGACACAAAUACAUGUGGUAUCAUGUGGAAAUACUGUUAAAGUAGUGAAGAGCGAGAUUUCAAUGAAACUGAGAAUUAAUUUUGCAGGGAGCAAAACUAACUGACAACAUGACUCUUUUGCUUUAAUGGAAGGAUAAAAAUAACUUUUUUGUCAUCAUACACUUUGCCACUUUUAUUGUAAUAUUAUGGCCUGCCUGUGGUGUAUACGUGUGGCAUAAAUGUACUGCAUUGGUGUGAAUUUGACCACAUGUGGUUACUGAAGUUGUCAGUCUUUCCUGAUGAGUUUGCAUUGAUUUUUACAGGUUCUUAAAUGGCUUGGUGGCAAGAAAAAGCUGUUAGAAGAAGCAAGUUUACAGGUACUGUCUAAAAACAGCUUUAUGUGCACAUGUACAUGUACAUCAGCUGGUAAUGCUACCAAUAACCCUGUCAUGUUUUCUAAUGUCAGUGCAGUAAUGCCUUUACUUAACAUUGUGUGCUGUAAUAUGGUGCCCUAUAUUAUCAAUAUAGCAAAACUACAGUAGUCCCCUUGGUGGGGGGCAGGGGGGGUGGGGUGGAGGGGGGGUACUGAUGAUGAUGGGGAUGCCUGUUGGAAAGUUAGAAUUAAUCUCCUGAAGGAGUCCAGGGGUUUCAAUGAAAAUUGAAGUAGCCAGCAGGUUUAGAAAAAGUAACCAACUCUAUCCACAAGAAGCUUUUAGUCCCCUUCUUCCAGAGGGGUCUGGGGGCGUACUCCCCUAGAAAAUGCAAAAAAAAUUAAAUGCCCUAGUGUGCAAUUUCCAGCAUAAAUUGAGGAGUACAAAAGAUAUUCUAUAUUUGGAGCAAAAGGUCUAUUUUGGUCGAGCAAAUUGAAUUUUAAUUUAAGUUUCAACAGAAUCUUUCUUUAAUUUAAUACUUUAUUUCGAGCUUCCAAUUAAGAGGGGAAAAAAGUAACCGACUUCUCUGAGCAAAGUAGCUGACAUCGGUGCUUAUUGACCCCCCUGGGAGACCAUACUCCAACACACUACAUGUGGCAAUUACAUUAAUUUUAUUAUUUUUAUUUACAAAAAUGUAGGAACUUCUUUACACACAACCCCAAGCAAUACCUUUUUGGGUAAAUACAUGUAUAUAUAUGGGUUUUCUGUUCCAACAUCCUCAGUGAAACCAAAAUCUACAAUUUCUAUCCCUAAGGGAGACAAUGGGAAUCUUCCUCAUUGUCAUGUGCGAUUCUCUCCCCUCCCCCCUCCCCACAGGCCCUCUUUUUAGGUAUUGAUUUUGUAUAGAUCUGAUUGGUGAUUGGUUAAUUCGGUCAUCUUUGCCUUAUUUGCCCAAACUGAUUUAACACUGCUUUUCUGUGUUUUUAUUUUUCAGCUUAUCACAUCUGUAGACAACUUAUACACUCAAGAAUCAACUGUUUUUAAUCCUCUUCGAGCAAAGCGACCAGGAGCUGGAGGGGGAGCAACGGCAGACACAAAGAAAUAGUUAGUAUUUUAGCUUUCUGGCUCACUUCUGGUUUCUUAUUUGAAAUAAAUAAAUUUGGUCAGUAAUCAUACAAGUGAUUGACAAAAUUGGACAACCACACAGACCGAAUUGGAUGUCAUGAAGUUCUGUUGCCAAUUAAUCAAAGCUGUAAUACUUUACAAAAUGUAAGCUUUUUUAAACUGAAAACACAAGAAAUUCCUAUGAUUUUUUUGCUAGCAGUGAAAAAAAAAAGCAAUUUAAGCGCGCACAUGCGAUGACGUGGACAUGCCAAUUACAGGCAUGAUGCGUACUGUCUUAUUACACUGCCCUAACAGUGCUGAAAUGAGGACAGUUGAUAGCCAAUCAGAUUUGAGAAUUAUGUUCUAGUUACGUUAAAAAUAUAAUAGGUCAAAUAUCGAAACACAGAGACAGUUGGUAGGUCACCUUUCGUUUCAUAAACCUGUAGAUUGAAUGAGGAAGAGUUAGUAUUUUUCAUGCAAAAUAUUUCUCCGUUUCUGAUUGGUUUAAAUCCAGCGAGUAACUAGAAAUACGACAAUGUAGGCUGAAUCAGGGACCAUCGAUCUCACUUAAAGACAAGAGCGUGGUGGCUAAGCUGAAUUCGUUCAAGGGUGUGAUCUUUGCAUAAUUCUUGAGUUGAGAAAACAGUGAUUGGUUAGACUGGUUACUAAAUUCCUAACACUUUAGUCAAAACGUAAAUUGGUUGUCUGACUGGUAAAUGAAAAGCUGGAACAAACUUACCUUAAUUUCUGUUUUCAAUAUUUCCUGAUGCCAGUUCGUUCUGUUGGAAUAAACCUAAACUUCGUUAGUCGUUUUGGUUAGUGCGUCUCGCUGGUUUCUGUCUGACUAGUAUAAUGGAGGACACCCAGUCUACACACCUAACCCAUCUGUGUGUUUUUCUUUUCAGUGUCGCAGAAGUUGUACAGGCCACUAUAAAUGACUGCGAUUUUUGUCAAUAUAAAACGUAAGUAAAGCUGUUUCAACCUGUGUAGUUUAUUCUUCUAGGUGUGAUAAAUUGAAUGGCUUUGCUUUUUUGUAGCAACACUGCACAAGAUCCUUUCGGUAGAGUGGAAUCACAGUAUACAGUUUCGGGUAAGUCAUUGAUUCCCCUUUCAAAAGGCUUGGCUUCUUAUAAGGCUUGAAAAGAGGUCACCAGAGACCGUUAUUACUAGUUCUUAAAACGGAGUCUAGCNACACCCAGUCUACACACCUAACCCAUCUGUGUGUUUUUCUUUUCAGUGUCGCAGAAGUUGUACAGGCCACUAUAAAUGACUGCGAUUUUUGUCAAUAUAAAACGUAAGUAAAGCUGUUUCAACCUGUGUAGUUUAUUCUUCUAGGUGUGAUAAAUUGAAUGGCUUUGCUUUUUUGUAGCAACACUGCACAAGAUCCUUUCGGUAGAGUGGAAUCACAGUAUACAGUUUCGGGUAAGUCAUUGAUU